AUGUCUCUCAACACCGUGGUCAACAAGCUCAUGAGGGCCGCGGCAUCGGUGCCGCUGGACGUCAGCGAUGAUGUCCUCGACGCCCAUGUCGCUAAGAUCCUCGCAGAGGAGGCGAAGAUUAACGAGCUGAAAUGGGCGGAGAUGGGUCUCGGGGCAUACUUGGAAAGGGAGGCGGAAAGGAGCUCACCGGACCCCAAUGCUCCCAAACCCAACAAGCGCUUCCUGGCGAGUAUGAUCAAGAGCGUGGACGGUCACAACAAGGCGCUGCUCAAAGAGCAAGCUCGGAGUGCGAAGGACGCAAGGACAAUGAAGGGAGGCGGAUCAGGUAUGAGUCGAUUGUUCGGUGGAGCUAUGAAAGGCGCUGCCAAGGACGCUGAGCGAGCUGGCCGGCGCGAUCGGGAGCGCAACGAUGCCCGUCGUGAUGAUCGCGCAAGGAGACACGACUACGACGAUCGACGAUCAAGGCGCCGCGACGACCAGGAUUACGAUCGGCGACAGGAUCAUUCUCCCGAUCUGCGUGAUCGCCGCCGCUCGCGCUCGCGUUCAAGAUCUACGUCCCGCGACAGGGAGCCCCUUCGAGACCGCUCUCGCGACAGAUACGACCGCCGGGAGCGCGAUCGGUCUCCCCAGCGACGAUCCAGGCGUGACCGCAGCCGCUCAAUCGACCGAAAUGAUCGGCGCAAGCGCGACUCUUCUCGAGACAGAGAACGACGUCGUGAUCGCGAUCGAGACAGAGAUCAUGUCAGAGAGCGCUCACGUGAUCGCAAGGACAGAAGAGAUCGCUCGCGAGAGCGCGAAGAUCGCCGGGACCGAGACCGCUCGCCAAAGCGGCGCUCUCGUACCAACGACAAGCGCUCGUCUGACCGACAGCGGCGGCCUCGGCCGCCGUCCUCUUCCCCUCCCCCUCCUCCGCCACCCGACUCCCCGCCAGCCAUCCCUUCUCACCCCAUAUCCCGGAUGGACAAGUACUUCAAGCAGGACUACGACCCGCGCUUGGAUGUUGGCCCUGUGCCUAAGGAGGGAAUCGUUGCAGACGUCGGGUGGGAUAACAUGCUCGCUGUUUUGAAAGAGCGAGGGCAGAAGCGCCGCCGUCACUCUCCCGGCCUCUCCUCUUCCCCCGAGCCUGAGCGGAAGUCAAGGCACGACGCAGAGUCCAGUCGGAGCGGCCGCAUUGGUCCGUCGUUGCCGACAGAGGACAAGGGGUCCAAAAGUCUCCUCGACAUGGAGUACACGCCGCACGGCGGCAUGCGUGCGUGGGACGUGGGCAAGUAG